GGGGGGGGCAGCCAUGGCGGCGGCAGUCGGGGCCGUGCUGCGCGGAAGGCGGAGGUGCCAAACGUUGGGACGGCUGCUGCUGCUGCGGCGGGGCUGCGCGGGGCUGGCGGUGGACGAUACUGUGAACGGGCUGAGUGAGGAGCAGCGGCAGCUUAGACAGACCAUGACAAAGUUUUGUCAAGAGCAUUUGGCUCCGAAGGCCCAGCAGAUUGAUCAGGAAAAUGAAUUCAAAGACAUGCGGGAGUUUUGGAAGAAACUCGGGGAACUGGGAGUUCUGGGGAUCACAGCUCCUGUGGAAUAUGGUGGAUCUGCUUUGGGGUAUCUGGACCACGUGCUGGUGAUGGAGGAAAUUUCUCGUGCAUCAGCAGCUGUUGGGCUUAGUUAUGGUGCCCACUCAAACCUUUGUAUCAACCAGCUAGUGCGUAACGGCAAUGAGGCUCAGAAAAACAAGUAUUUGCCCAAGCUAAUCAGUGGGGAGCACAUUGGAGCCUUAGCAAUGAGCGAACCCAAUGCUGGAUCUGAUGUUGUGUCCAUGAAGCUGAAAGCAGAUAAGAAAGGAGACUACUUUGUUCUGAAUGGAAACAAAUUUUGGAUCACCAAUGGGCCAGAUGCAGAUGUUCUCAUCGUUUAUGCUAAAACUGAUGUUAAUGCUGUUCCGGCCUCCCGAGGUAUAACUGCCUUCAUUGUGGAGAGGGGAAUGCCAGGUUUCAGCACAGCCCAGAAGCUCGAUAAGCUGGGAAUGAGAGGGUCUAAUACCUGUGAAUUGAUCUUUGAAGACUGUAAGAUCCCAGCUGAAAAUAUCUUGGGGACGCUGAGCAAAGGAGUCUAUGUUCUGAUGAGUGGAUUGGAUCUGGAGAGACUGGUCCUGUCUGGUGGACCACUGGGGCUCAUGCAAGCUGUUCUUGACCAUGCAAUUCCAUACCUACAUGUAAGAGAAGCAUUUGGACAGAAAAUUGGCCACUUCCAGCUCAUGCAGGGCAAAAUGGCUGACAUGUACACGCGGCUGAUGGCGUGUCGGCAGUACGUCUACAACGUGGCGAAGGCCUGUGACCAGGGCCACUUCAAUGCAAAGGACUGUGCUGGAGUGAUCCUGUAUUCGGCAGAGUGUGCUACCCAGGUGGCUCUGGAUGGCAUCCAGUGUCUGGGUGGGAAUGGUUACAUCAAUGACUAUCCCAUGGGACGUUUCCUGCGUGAUGCCAAGCUCUACGAGAUAGGGGCAGGCACCAGUGAAGUGCGCAGACUUAUCAUUGGCAGGGCAUUUAAUGCCACUUUUAAGUAAUGUCCACCAGUGGAGAGGCAGCACCUUGCCACCACGAGGCCUUUGAACAGAGAGGCUGAAGCGCACAGCUCUUUUCUUCCUGCUUGUCGUUCUGGAAUUGUCACUUGUGGACUCUCUUCUGCCUGCUCUGUGAACAGAUGCUGCUCGACUGCACUUUUACAAAAUGAAUCAGAUGGUAGCAUGGAAGGAAGAGUGGUUUUCUUCUCUUCUCGUGAUCAUCCUGAUUCAUUCUGUUCAUAAGCCAUCCCGAUUGUCAGCGUUACAGGGCUGAGGUUCAUCCAGAGGACAUAUCACCAUCGAAUCAGGCUGGUGAGCAGCAUGCCUGAAACAAGAGGCAGCCGUUGCUGAGCACAGAAAGUCAAAACACCACACCCACCCCACCCCAAAAAAAGAACACUGAGGGAACAAUUUUGUUCUUUUUAAAAAAAAAAAACAAACAAACCUGAGUGCCAUUAAAUAGCUAGCAUUUAGCAUAUUACCACUGGCAGGUGAAAUUUCCCAUUGUGACCUUCUGAUGGGAUUAAUAACUUUCAUUUUGGGAACACAACAUCAACCACUCCAUGGGCAUGGCUGUCACAGACGCUCAGGCAUCGUCAACGCACAAGCAGUGUUUUAGGUGAUGAUUCCUAAAACCUCAUUAAAAUACCACAUCUGUUUCUUUGCAUGCUUCCUUUCCUAUUCCUGCUGCUUCUCAAGAUAUUUCAGCGCAGCCCCAAGUCUUUGCUGCUGUGAUUGACUGCCUCCCGCUGGGUUAUUCAUCCAGAGGUGUCACCAUCCAUCAUUCUGGGAACAGUUAAAACAUCAGACCUGUAUUGUGACAUCCAUGAAUGAAGCAGGCAGGCAGGAGGAGGUUGACUUUUUUGGGCUGGGGUUAUUUGUUUUUUUUUUUCUGAAGGUUGUUCUUUUGACAAAAGCGUGUACUCGCACUAUACCUUGGGUUGGCUAGAGAAGUCAGAGUGAUCACAGCGGUAUUUGUGGGUGUUUUCAGUGCAUAUUAUAUACAGCAAAUUGAAGUUUACCUAGCCUUAUUAAAGAAAAUGGCACAGUAUACUGCCAGCCUUAAAGAGUGAGUCACAAAAAAAAAUUGGGUGUUGUAAAUAUGACAGAACAAUUAAUUAAACAGUUGCCAAGUAGGCAGCCUCCCAGUAGUUUUAGUUUUUUUUUUUUUAAAAAAAAGAGCUUAAAGCUUUGUGUAUUUUUUUUUUGUUUCUAAUUGACCUCCAUCUAUACUAGGUGACAGUAGACUAAUAUAUAACUUUAAAAUACCAUAAAUUCAAGAAAAAUUCAUCUUCCUGAAUUGCCAUGUAGGUCACCAAGUGUGCAUAAACGUUAUAAAACUUCACUUUAUCCAAAGAUAGAAACACCUUCUGAAGUCAUAGUGUCAGUGCCUUCUUCCUAAACUUCAUGUUUAUUUAGCUGUGGUGGAUGGCUGUCACUCUGGAAGUGUCCCAGGGUUUAAUUUUCAACCUUCAUCUCUGGAUGGAGGUCGCAGAGUGGACAGAGGUGGCCUGUCGAGAGCGUCUGGUUGAGCUGCACCUGAAAAUGCUUUGGAAAUGGGACUUGAAGCACGAGUGAAGUGUGUGUCAUGUGAAACACUAAGUGCAUUACUGUACAUUAAUGUUGGAAUUUGUUUAUGUGACCAGACGCUUAUGUUUUAUCACAGAAUGAUUACAGUUGUCAUCUUCUUGUACAUGCAAGUCGCAAAACCGCUGCAGCUGCUACACCCCAAUCUAGUGUCUGGUGAAAGCCCAAGGGCGGGAGUUUUCCUCUUUGCCCCGGUGCUGUGGGUAGCAGAUUCCUGCUGAGCAAGAGCUGCCCCAAACCCCACAGCCCUCGUCCCUUCCAGCACUGCCCUGCUGCAGCCGGGGCUGGGACAGCUACAGAGCCGCCGGUGCUGCAGAGCUCCUCUGCUUUCCGCAGGAGCUGCAGUUUCUGUGUCCCAGUAAAAACAGCAAAUCUAACUGGAGAGGUGGUGGGAACACUUGCAGGGGCGGCGAGGAGCACAGGCACGGUGUCUCCAACGCGGAUCGGAAACUCGUAUUUUACCAGUGUGUUUUUCAGCUCUUUAAUACCGGAAUGAAUCACUGCAAUUUUCCUUGAAGACUCUCCAAAGAAUGUAGGAACUGAAUCAUUGUUAUGUUCUAGCUCUGGCCAGAGGAGCUUCUCUAACGAGUGUUAGAGCCACGUCAGGAUUGUUAAAAAUAGGUUUUCUAAGACAGAAACAACCUGCAGAUUUUUAAACCUGUCCUCUUAACAUUGGAGAGGUUUAAUUUUUAAUACAAGUAAUAAAUAAUGCCUUCACUUUCUAGGCUGAUCAGCAUCUUGGAGUUAAAGGUGAAAUGAAUCAAUGUCUAACGCAUCACAGGACGGGGUGGAGGGAGAGGCUCAUAAAUCUUAAGUGGGGCUAUGUUAAUCAAAUCUCCCUUCACAGCAGCCCUGCCCGGACUGCCUUGGGAAGGGGCUGGCUUUCCUUGGGCUGAGCAGGUUUCACUUUGGUAUGAAAAGAAGGGCUGGGGAGGGAUCUUCAGGGGACAAGGGUUUUAACCUUUAUUGAAUACUAAUAAAAUAAGCAUUUGCUGGG